AUGUCAUCUCUAGCGUGCGUCGUCCUCGUCCUGCUUGCUGCUGUAGCAGCAAGCUGCUACAAUAACCUCGCCCACAUUGUGGGCAGUGCCGUAAUCUUCGGCACCAUUCUUGUGUCGGGGCUCUGCUGUCUAAGCAGCCCCCGUAUCUGGCUGUUCAGUUUGCUACAAUCCGUAGCAAAGUUGGCUGUUGAGCCAACAAAGGAGAACGUCACCGCGGCCGAGGCCACCGAGGCCUCGGCCAGAAAUGAGACGCUGAGAGCUCAGUUGGGUGUUUUGGAGCAGAAGCUCCGUGGUACGGAGGCACGAGCUCGUGAUUCCGAGAUAGCCCGGGAGACCGAAAAGAAGCGCCACGCAAAGGAGGUCCGCCACCUGGAUUCUCAAUUGGCGACGGUCACCCGGGGUAUCAAGGAAUCCCUGCGCGCUAAAGAUCAGGCUGUCGGGGAGUGCCGCCACUGGCGGCGCAAGUUUGAGGACCUGGACGAUCUACAGCGGCAGGCCCAGGAAGAUCCCGUUCGCGGGAUCAAGGGACGAGCUCGUUGGGCUCCGGCCAAGAAAAACGGAGUUCGGAAGGGGGAACGUGGUCGACCGGCAACAAAAUUCACUGCCAUUGCGCAGGUGGCGAUCGUCAAUGCGGCGUGGGAGUCCAAGCUGGUCAGUCUCGAGAGCGAGGCCAGAGACUAUGUGGCCCGCACAACUGACCAGCUUGGGUCUCUUCAGGCCGCCGCCACCGCGCUCAGCGAGGAGAACGCUUACCUCACCCAGCAGAUCCAGGCAAAGGCCAACAUCCCCCACGAGCUGGCCCAGCAGCGACUGGAUGAUGCCGUGCAACGCACGGUGGCCUUUGCCGAGAAGCUGCAUGAGGAGCGUGUCAACUCGCUGGAGCAGACUUAUCGCAAGGAGCUGAUGGCAGCCAAGGUCGACUACGAGCGGGAAUUGGCAAAGGUAACAGCGGUAUUCAAGGCGGAAGUUGAUGCCGCAGCGGCGCAGCAGCGUGAGGCAGCUGAGCGAGCGACCCAGGAGAUUAAUGCUCUGAAGGCCGAACUCGCUGCCAAGGAAGCGCAGAUGGGCAAGCUGCGGCAAGACAAUGCCGAGAUUGCUGGUGACCUGCAGGUCACAAAGGAAGCACUGGCGAAGACCGAACACGAGUUGGAGGAGGAGACCGAUCGUGUGGUUAAGUCAGUGCAGAAGGGGGACGGCUACCUGCGAGCCGGCAAGAAGCUGUCGAAGAAAUACGCGCAGCUGAAGUCUGAGCAUGACGCUCUUGUGGGGGCGAAUCAGGCCCUUGAGGACGAGAACGCAGCCCUCAACGAAGCACUGGAGGAAGAGGAGUUCGAGAACCGCGUGUUGGAGCAGGCGGGCGAUCAGCUUAUGAAGGAGACUGACCGCCUGAUCCACGCGGCUACGGACAGAGUGAGCAACCUUGAACACCAGGUUGCCAAUUACCAGACGGCGGAUAUUACCCAGGGUCUCCAAGGCUUUGGGGUGUCUGCUGACUAA